UCUUGACGGCAGUGUGGGUGGAGGGUAAAGAGACAGGCAGGCAGGCGCAUCAAUGACAGGAACACCACCACAUAAACACUCACCGCUCGGCCUGUUUCAUGUUUCUGGCUCCAGGCAGCGGACAGCCGGCUGUUUGUGAUCCGAGCUGAGGAUGCGGGAGCAGGUGUGGGCCUCCUGGUUCCCCCGCUGCCUUGUACUCAUCAUCACCGCUCACACAUCAUCUGUUUCCGCCGACCUGCUGCGGCCGUGCGAUGAGACAGACUACUACUACCAGUACACAGAGUGUGACAGCACAGAAUCACGAUGGAGGGUCGCCAUCCCUCUCAAUCCAAGCUCCUGCUCAAACCUUCCACCUCCAAUCAGAGGAACAGACUGCUCUUUCUCAUGUCCGGCUGGGAAGUUCUUAGAGAUGACUACACAGCAGUGCACGCCGUGUGUGGCCGGCUCCUAUUCGCUGGGCAGCGGCCUUCGUUUUGACCAGUGGGACGCCAUCCCUGCAGGCUUCACCAGCCUGGCUAGCUUCUUGGACCCCGGGCCAAAUGGAGAGGACAUUCUGGCCUGCAACAGCUCAUCAUGGACACCACAGGGCGUGUAUCUGGAGUCGAACCGCGACGAGUGCACAGUGUCUUUGGUUUACGCAGUCCAUCUGGAGAAACAGGGCUCCGUCUCCUUCACCUACCAGUACCCCGAUAACAACAUCUUCUUUGAGUUCUAUGUCCAGAACGAGCAGUGUCAAGAAAUGGCCCAGGCUGAUGAUCAGAAGUGGAUUAAAGUCACCAACAAUGGAGAAUGGGACUCACACAAAGUGAAUCUGAAGUCCGGUACGAACAUCCUGUAUUGGAGAACCACCGGCAUCCUGGUGGGAGGGAAGAUGGUCAAACCCGUGCUGCUCAAGAACAUCCAAAUAGAGGGUGUGGCCUACACAUCGGAGUGUUUCCCGUGCCGGCCUGGCUGGUUCAGCUCGGCCCCUGGCUCAUCAUCCUGUCAGCCGUGUGCCAGCAACACCUUCUCCAUAAAGGGGGCAUCCUCCUGUACAACCUGCCCUGAACACUACUACUCACAUGAGGGAUGGGCAGAGUGUAAGGUGAGGCCGCCGUGCUCAGAGAAGGAUUACUUCCAAAUCCACACGGCCUGCGACAGCGAAGGGAAGACGCAGGUGUUGUAUCGUUGGGUGGAGCCAAAAAUCUGUGUGGAGAACAUCACAGGGGCCGUGGAGCUGCCUGUGACGGGACAGAGGGAGCCCUGCCCCCCCUGCAACCCCGGCUACUACAACAGCAACGACUCCACCUGUUUGCCCUGCCCACCUGGAACCCACUCAAACGGCACCCACGUGUGCACUAAGUGCCCUGCAGGUACCGAGCCAGUGUUAGGUUACGAGUAUAAAUGGUGGAAUGUACUGCCCUCCAACAUGAAGACUUCCUGUUUCAACGUGGGCAACUCCAAAUGUGACGACAUGAAUGGAUGGGAGGUUGCAGGGGACCACAUCCGCAGUGGAGCAGGCAGUUCAGAUAAUGACUACCUCAUCCUUAGCCUGCAUGUGCCUGGCUUCAAGGUGCCAGCCUCGCUUUCAGGGAUGACCGGCAGCGAGUUUGGCUCGAUAACCUUUGUGUUUGAGACCAUCUGCUCUGGCGACUGUGAGCUCUACUUCAUGAUGGAUGUGAACAGGAAGAGCACCACAGUGGUGGAGUCCUGGGAAGGCAGUAAAGGGAAACAGUCAUACUCACACAGCAUGACCAGGAACGACUCUGUCUCAUAUACAUGGGCCUUCCAGAGGACUAACCAUGCUCUGGACGUGCGUCAUUAUGUCAGUGACAUGGUGAAGCUGUACUCCAUCAGCGUGACAAACGUCCUGGAUGGGGUGGCGUCAUCGUGUCGGGCCUGCGCUCUGGUACCCCAGAACUCCCAGCGGGCCGGCUCGUCCUGCAUCCCCUGCCCUGCAGGAUUUUACAUCGACAGAGACACCAACCGGUGCCAGGAGUGUCCGCCUAACACACACCUGGCAGGGCGCCAUACCUACGGCCAGGAUGCAUGUGUCGCCUGUGGGCCUGGAAGUAUUAGCAACAAGGAACACUCUCAUUGCUACAGCGACUGCUCCUUCUCCCACACAGAGAACAACCGUACGCUGACCUUUGACCUCAGCUCCCUGAGCGCCCCGGCCCAGCUGACCAUUGGGCCGAGUUUCACCUCUAAAGGCACAAAGUACCUUCACCUGUUCAACAUCAGCCUGUGUGGCCACGAGGGCACGACGAGAGGCGCCGUCUGCACAGAUAACGUCACCGACGUGUCCAGCAAAGACGACCAAAGCGACUUGGCUCAGUUUGUCAACUCGGUGGACAGCUUCAUCUGUCAAUCAACCAUCAUCCCAAAAGACGGGCGGGGUUUCAGGAUGGCCAUUUCCUCCCAGUCCAUCAGCCUUGCAGACACUUUCAUCGGAGCAACAGUAGACUCCGUUCUGGAUGGCGUGAACGCUAAACUAGAGCUUUUUCCUGAAAACAUAAAGGAUGUUCCAGACAUAAACUUCUUCUACAGGUCAACGCAGGCAACGGCUUCAUGUGAUCAGGGUCGCAGUUCAGUCAUCACUGUUCGCUGUAACCCCGAGAAGUCUGAACGAGGAGAGCUCUCUGUGCCCAGCUCCUGUCCUGCAGGAACAUGCGAUGGAUGUACGUUUCACUUCCUGUGGGAGAGCGCCAGCGCCUGUCCGCACUGCGCCGAGGACGACUACCACCGGAUAGACGGAGCGUGCAAGGGAGGCGUCCAGGAAACUCUGUUCUUGUGGAACGAGCCAAAGCUGUGCACCAAAGGCGUAUCGCUGCCUCCCAGGAGCUCCUCUCCGUGUGAGGCCAUCGCUCUGUGGCUGAAGGUUGGGGUUGGUGGCGGAGCCUUCGUGGCCGUGCUGCUCAUCUCUCUCACCUGCUUCUUCUGGAAGAAAAACAAGAGGCUGGAGUACAAGUACUCUCGUCUGGUGAUGUCUGCGAACAAGGAGUGUGAGCUGCCAGCUGCAGACAGCUGUGCUCUGGCUGAAGGGGAGGAACCCGACGACGACGUGGUCUACACCCAGAAACCCUCCCUGCUGGGGAAACUCCGGGCCAUCGCCAACAAGCACGAGGGUGGAGAGAGCUGUGAGUCCGUGCAGCUAAACUCCUCCCAGUGUGAUCGAUGGGUCCUGGGAUAAACAGAUGCCAACAGAGAGAGAGAGAGAGUACAAAUCAUGGAGGAACAGUCAGUCAGUGACAUCACUGUCGUGUUCCUCUGUAUGCCCUUUGCCCCCCUUCAUUGUGUGUGGGGGCACCAAUACAGACCUCAUACAGUCCUUCCAGUUUUUACUGAAAAAAUGUUUGCAGAUGCAAAAACUGGACAAUGGCUUUUACUCCUAUAGAAUACACAGGAAACAGUGUUGCUUUAAUGCCAUGGAUGCUCAAGGGCGGCAACUGAAAGAGAAUCAUGCUUUUAAUAUUUUCUUUUUGUAUGUUUUGUAUUUUUAUUUGGUAUUUUCUGUUCAGAGUCAUGUAUUUAUAUCGAUGUUAUAAUGAUGAACCUUUAUUAAAGUCCUAUUUGACUUUGGGA